AUGUUUGACUGGAAGGUUGCAAGCAGAAACUUGAGAACAGCCAUCUUUAAUGGUCGGCCUCCACACGUCUUCCUAGCAAAAUCGGUCGUUAACCUCAGCUACAUCAUCCUUUGGUUAUUGAUCGUCAUACUCAUCAACCAUAUACCGAGGUCUCACUAUAUCUUUACCAAAUUUUUAUUGAGGUUGGACUCAUACCUUUUCGAUAUUCAAAAUGAGGCCUUUGGCUCCAUAUCGUGCUUAUUUUGCGUGCUAUCGGGGAGUUGGCUUAUCUAUGUUAAAGGAUUUACCCACAGUCGCAGGGUGGAGCAUGUGGGCGCCAUAGAGCUAGAUGAAUUGCCCUCAUCUUCGUCAUCGAGUCCCUCAAACCCCUCAAGUCCCCUAGACAAGAGUUCCAAACUUGAAAAAUUGGAGACCUACUUCAACAAUGACAAGUUAAUUCAACAUGUGAACGCGAAAGAAAACUAUAGACCGUACAAAUGCUGGAAUUUGACUGCUCCCAUAUUGCUAGCAUCUUCGUGGCUUCUUAUCAAUACACUUUAUGCGUGGAAAACUUCAGUGAAUAAACCUAACAACUUGGUUGCCUGGAUAUUCUAUGUGCCAUUGCACAUUUCAGUCCCUCCAUUGAUAGCAGGGUGGCUUUACUUAUUCCAUACCCCUGGCGCAUUAAAGUUGUUCACCAUUUCGUUGGGACUACAAAAUAUAUUGGUGGCGUUGACCCAAUUAGCAUUACCAGGAGCUUCUCCAUUAUUUUUACAGUUGUAUGGAGAGACAAAGGACCCCGACUAUGAUAUGUUGUAUACCGAUGGUAUAACCAGACAGGACAUGAAAUUUGGAUCUACUAUAUACAAGGCAGUGUAUUAUGUUGCCCCACAUAAAUUUGCAACUUUGCCUUCUGUUCAUGCAUCCAUGUCAUCAUUAGUAUUUUUCUUCGUCAGUUAUUAUGGGGAAUGGAGAUCGUUCAAAUUGCUCGCUCUAGUCAACCUUUGUGGACAAUGGUGGUCGGUGCUAUAUUUGGACCACCAUUGGAGGUUGGACAUUCUUUUGGGACUUGCAUACUCGAUGGGAAUCUGGGUGUUCAUUCGCAGCUGGAAAUAUGGAAUCAAAACUCUGGAUGAGAAAUUUAUAAGACUGAGACUUGAUUCCGAUUUUGCCAAGAGCAGCACUAUGGGAAUGAGGCUUUUCAAGGGUACGCUGUUGCAAGAUUUCUUUGAUCCUCUCCGCUAA